GUGAUGACGAUGAGGAGGAGGAGGAUGGAGAUCAGCGGCAGCAACAGCAGGGCCGUCAUAGGCCCCGCGGGCGUGCAGAUACGGGCGGGAGCUUUGCUGCCGCUGACGGGAUUGGUGGCGGCGACGGAGGCGGAGGAGGAGUGUACGGCGCUUUGGGGCCGCUUCAGUUGGGUCCUUGGCGUACGGCAUACCUGCUGCCCGCACAGGUAGAGCCACUGCCACCGCAAGUCCUACUACCGCCUCCGCCGCCUCCUGAUGAUGCGCGAAGGGCAACACAUCAACAGCAGCGCCCACAGCAUCCUCCUACCCAUUCCAACCAGCCACCCCAGCAACCGCAACAGCAGCAGCAGCAACCGCUGCAGCAGCAGGGGCACCCAGAUGCGCUAGGUGUCGUACAUACCAGCAGAGGCUUCGCAACCGGCGCCGUCAACGGUCCCCUGUUGCUGUACGGAACAAGCCAUACCGCUAACGGACGCCGUACCCGAGGAGGUGGCGUGGAUAACCCAUGGGUCGGCCGCCAGGGCGGAGGAGGCUAUGGCGACAUGGCAACGGAUGACGAGGAGGAAGGAGAGGAGGAUGUUGCCGGAGGGCAGCGGGAGUCGCAUGGUGACGGCAUGGGGGACGAGGGAGGCGGCGACGGCGGCGGCGGAGGGGGAGAGGGCAGUGCGACACAAGAGGCGGGGAUGACCAAGGUGCUGGCCCACAUGGCUAGACGCUGGGACGCAGACACGGCGCACGCCUUGGAGCAGCGGGCGGCUCUGGGCCGCAUGCUUGCCCUCACGCAGCAAUCCGAGGAGCAGAUUGCGAGCGCCGGGCAGCAAGCCCUAGUGACCCGUGGGUCGGCUGCCUCGCGACCGCCCCCUAGCGCCGGGCUGCUCGACCCCACACUGGACCUUGAAGGCGAGCUGAUACGACAACAGCAAGAACAGCUGGCUUUGAUACGGCAGCAGCAACAGCAGCAAGAGGAAGGAGUAACAGCGCACGGACCCGUGGGUCGCCCGGGCCCACCUGUUGCGAAUGCUGCUGUGGAGCGCCUCCUAGACGAGUUACUCGGAGCACCGCCAGCAGCAGCCAGAGAUGCCAGCGCUGUACGGCAGGUGUCCAGCGGUACGACAGCGGCUGGUAGCAGCCCUCGCCAGCCCCCCGCCAGCCCUCAGACGGACGAGUCGUCGUUCCUCCACCUGUCGCUGGAUUCGCUGACGCAAGUACGACAGGGCGGCGAGUGGGUACUACAGGUCGUACUGCGGGUGUCCGACGGCGGAGAUCUCGAUCAGGGACAACGACGGCCGCUUCCGGUACUGGCAGUUCCUCCUUACUCGCAUCCACAACCGCCGCCGCCUACGCCGCCGUUGCAUCUUGAUGACGCGGCAUUGCUAUUGUACUGCACCAGUGGUGGUGGCGGUGGUGGUGGCUGCUUGCCGCUGCCAUGUGUACGGGGGCGAUGGUCUGUCGUACACGAUCGACGGUGGCAGCAGCGGGAUGGCGGGCAGCAGGGGCAGGAGGGGCAGCAGCAGCAGGGUGGGGCAAAGCAAUGGCAGCAGGAUUGUGCGCAGCAGGAGCGGCAAGAGCAGCAGGGGCUGCAGCGGGGUCAGCGGCGGAGUCAGCUGCUGGUGGUGGUGGAGGCGGCGGUACCGCUGGCGGACUUGGUAGCUCUGGCGGGUGGCUUGAUGGGA